UACCGAGAUCCACGAACUGAAGCAGCAUUUGUCAAGAUGAUGGAUUUGGGCUUGAACGAGGUCCAUCUGGUCACAGAUGCCAGUGGAGGAAUUGGAUUGGUGAUAUGUGAAAUCUUCCUCAAGCAAGGCGCGAGAGUGACCGCGCACUACAACACCAAUGUAACCUCACUCGAGCCUCUCCUAGCUGAAUACGGCCCCUCUCGCAUAAGGACCAUUCAGGCAGACCUCUCGGAUGAGGAUGAUGUCAUCCUCAUGUUCAUCAAGGAGGACGAGGAGUUCGGCUCUGUCCAGGUCCUUGUCGUCAAUGUGACUGUGUCCGAGAUGACCCUCGAGCAAUGAAACUCGACGAUAAUGUCCAACUUGACAUUCUUGUUCCUUGUCGUCAGAGAAUACCUGAAAC